AUGUUCUUGCAGUGACAGCGCAAACAGAACUCUAAAUUUCUACAUGAACCAUCUGAAUGGCUGUGACAAGCGAAACAUCUGUCUGUUGUUCUUUGAAAAAGUGUGAUUUCGACAAGAAAAUAAGUUGUCAGGAUGAACCACGCGUGGAAGUGAACACCUUCAUUUCUGAGAAGUCUGCCCGUGAAAGUCUCCGAAAAUAUAACGAAUUCCUUGUUGCAUGGGGCACAAAUGGAGAUGCGACGUUUCACCAGUCGUGUUGGGAAAGUAUCUUAAAGGCAGCUCGAUGCCGAAAUAGGAAACGAUCUCCUUAUCCCCAGAUGAAAGAUGUGGAAAAGACAUGGGUGAAAGAGGCAGCCAAAACGGCGGAAUUCUUUGAUUCAUUGAACAAGAUCAGGAUAGAAGCAACGCGCAUUGUAAAGUUGAUUAAGCAAUGUAGUCACUGUGUUGUGUUUACAGGGGCUGGGAUAUCCACAUCGGCGGGGAUUGGUGAUUAUAGAGGAAAGAAUGGCAAGUGGACAAAGGAGGAUCAGAGAAUGGAGAACGCGAUGCAGGCGGAAAUAGAAUCUGAGGAAGACAGUUCACUGACAGAACCUCCAACUAAACGAGUGAAAAAACAGCUAAUUAAGCCAGAAGAAACUGAAGCUUCCACUUCAGAAGAAGAUGAAGUAUGCUAUGAAGAGCUGAGGCCGACAUACACACAUGAAGCCAUACAGAAGUUGAUGGAACUGGGUUACAUCAAACAUGUCAUCAGUCAGAACUGUGAUGGACUUCACUGUUUGUCUGGAGUACCAGCCCAGGCUCUGUCCGAGCUCCAUGGAAAUGUCUUCACAGAAGUGUGUGAAAAGUGCCAGAAACGAUACCACAGACCAUUUUAUGUCAUGGAUGACACAGCCAGUGCGUAUUAUGAGGAAUUGGCAGAUUUUGGGGAGACGGAUGUUGUGAAGCCAGCACACGCUUCACAGUGUAAGCUUUGUGGUUUAUCUCACAGAACAGGCAGACAAUGCAUGCAGAGGGGCUGUAAUGGCUAUCUUCGUGACACAAUCAUAAACUUUCGUGACAAUUUAGAGGAGGAUAUUCUGUCAAGAGCAACUGAGCAGUGUCAAAAGAGAGACUUAAUGCUGUGCUUGGGCACUACCCUGACAGUCACACCGGCCAGCAACCUCGUGCAGAUCACUGGACACCCUCACAGGAUUGUCAUCUGUAACAGACAGAAGACUCACAUGGACAAGGAGUGCCUGAAAACAGGGCCUGAUGGGAAAGCCCUUGGGAGCAGGGUGUUUGGUGACUGUGAUGUGCUGAUGAGAAUAGUUAUGAAGGAGUUGAUGUCAGUGGCUGAACUCAGCAUGUGGGAACAGGGUAGAGACGACAGACUAGCAGAGUACGCUAAAAACAGAAGCUUAAAGGUGGAGAAAACAUAAAAAUUACAGACGGUUUUUCUUUGAAUAGAAAAAAAAAAAAAGACACUUGAAAAUAAUUUUUGUAUGGUGGGUAUCUGGGACCACCUCUUGGCAUAUAUUGUCUUUGCGCAACAAAAGAAACUGUGUAUCUUGUUAGUAAUGAUGGAAAGUUGUAAUUUUGUCCUGCAACCUGUGGAUGGUCAUGUGUUCCCCCUGUUUGGGCUUUGCCCAGUUUCCUCCCACCAUAAUGAUGGCCGCUGUCGUGUAAGUGAAAUAUUAUUGAGUACGCCAUAAAAACACCAAUCAAAUAAAUGAAUAAAUGUGGUCUUUUCCCAACAUCACAGUCAGCAUACAGGGAGUGGAAGUGCUGGUUAGUCUGGGGCCAGUAUAAUGCUGUUUUGUGCAUGGUGUUAAAGUGCUGCGAGUACAUGCAUAUCAGCAUGCUCUGUCUUAAAAAAAAAAAAGACAGACGUUCACAUUUUAUAAACUGAUCACAAAAUACCCAAUAACCCUUAAGCUUGUCUUUUAAAGUAAAAACUAUUAAAAAGAAUUAUUUAAGGUGUUGAAAAUUAGCAAGAAACUUGGUAAGUGAUGGAGUUGUGAAUUUAGCAAGUUCUGCUGUUUAGUAUAGACUAGUUUGUUUUUUUAUUCUGUUUUUACACGUACUUCAUGGAGUAAGUUAGAGGAUGUAAUGUAUUGCAGUCUUGAAAUAUAAUAUUUAUCUGCUCUGUAUUUUACCUGAAACACAUGCUGGACAAAGAUUUUUGUUUAAAUGUAUCCCUCCAGUGUGAUAUGUGAUAGCCAUUUGUGAUGGAAAUAUGCCAAGUGAAACAAUAUAAGUACAUAUACUUGUAUACA